GGAUAGAUAGCUCUCAUAGGCAUAGCAUUUAGCAUUUAGAGAUAGGGAAGUGAAGCGGAUACCAUGAAGAGCAUGAAGGGCUAUGAGCCCCGUUCCAGUUCUUCCUGCGCUGCCUGCAAGCUCCUCAAGCGACGCUGCACCCCCACCUGCAUCUUCGCCCCCUACUUCCGCUCCGACGAGUGCAAGAAAUUCGCCAAAGUCCACAAGGUCUUCGGCGCCAGCAAUGUCAGCAAGAUCCUCUUCGAGGUCCCCGAGGAGCAGCGCGAGGACACCGUCAACUCGCUCGCCUAUGAGGCCGACGCCAGGCUGAAAGACCCUGUUUAUGGAUGCAUUGGCGCUAUCGCUCUGUUGCAGACCAAGAUGGUGGAGCUCCAGCAUGACCUCGCCAUCGCUCGGGCUCGUCUCGCUCGUUAUUCUUCCGCCUCCGCCGCCGCCUCCGACGCCUUCAUUAACUUCCCCUCUUCUUCCAUCGACGAUGCCUUCCCUGCUCACGUGGGUUUGCCCCCCUUCCCCGACUCUUCUUCCUCUUGCUGCGACGUCGACGAUGGCUUCUCCUCGUCUCAGGUUCAGUUAUCGAGCCGACAUGAUAUGGUGGAUGAUUUUUUUCAAGCCCCAUAUAUAUUCUGAAUUUUGAUGUUCGUUCCCCGUGAUUCCCCCCUGUGAUUGUGGUUUGUUCUGGAUUGCCGGAUUCGAGAAAAUCAAGAACAGGGGACUCUGUUAUAUAUGUGUGUGUGCUGAUCAUGAUGAUAUAAAUAAAAACUCCUUGGGAAUCAAUGAAUGAA